AAUGAAACGGACAGCUGCCGGACCCUGAAAGAACUUGAGCUCCAAGUGGGAGAAAAGGUUUUCAGGAACCUGAAAACGGUCAUGAAAGCCUUUCAGCUCGUCGACGUGAACCGCAGGGGCCUGGUGCAGCCGCAGGAGCUGCGCAGGGUGCUGGACACCUUCUGCCUGCGGAUGACGGAGGAGGAGUACCGGAAGUUCUCAAAACGCUACAACAUUGAUAGAGACACUGCGGUGGAUUACAGCAUGUUUUUGAAGAACCUCAGCAAAAGUAAUGACCUGCACCUUAGAUAUUUUAUGGCGAACCAAGAGGUCUCAGCAGAGAACCAGCAAGCCAGAACUUUCAAGCGAGAACCCUUGCUCAAUUACGUGUCAUCUGAAGAGGGUGGGAGCAGCUACUCCUUGGAUGACAUCGAGAGGACCUUCUGCCAAGAGUUUUCAAAGUCCAUUGAUAAGAUUGAAAAAGCCCUCAGUGCCGGGGACCCCUCCAGAGGUGGCUACGUCUCUUUGAAUUACCUCAAGAUUGUCCUUGACACCUUUGUCUACCGGCUACCAAGGAAAAUUUUCCUCCAGUUAAUGAAAAGGAGAAAGCAGUGGCAUGGGAACACCCAGCCUUGUGGAGACAGCACCCUCAGCCCCUCCACCUUUGCCUCAGAGCAUCCCUGA